GACAAUGAUCCGAUUCUUCACCCAGCUCCCGGUGUCUCUCGACCCAUGUCCCAACUGACCGAGGAGGAGCAGAUAAAGAUCGCCACACGAAUGGCUAUUAUACAAACGCUUCCAUUGUUCCCGUUCGAGGAGAGCAAGCGUGAAAAGCUUACAGAGUGA